UACACUCCAUCAUAACUCCAUUAGAGAGCAGAUAUUGACAAAGCAGCACUGAAGAUAUCAUGAGGGUGGCUAUUGUGGUUGUGUGUCUGAUGUGGCUGUCCUCAUGUGAGAGCAUCAGGCUGAGUCGCUGUGAUGUUGUCCGUAUAUUCAAGAAAGAGGGACUUGAUGGCUUUGAAGGAUUCUCAGUUGGCAACUAUGUGUGCACAGCCUUCUGGGAAAGCAAGUUUAAGACCCACAAAGUGCGAACGGCUGAUGUUGGCAAAGACUAUGGCAUCUUCCAGAUAAACAGUUUCAAAUGGUGUGAUGAUGGCACUGCAGGAGGAAAAAACAAGUGCAAAAUGCCCUGUGCUGAUUUGCUGAGGGAUGACUUAAAAGCUUCAGUUGACUGUGCAAAGCUCAUUGUGAAAGCUGAAGGCCUGAAAGCAUGGGACACCUGGGAUAGUUACUGUAAUGGCAGUAAAAUGUCACGCUGGGUGAAGGGUUGUGAUGAUCACUAACAAGGCCCUGAUUGCUUUGGAAAACUUGAAUUAGCUAUAAAUGCAUUUUAACCUCUUAACAGAUGUAACAUUUCAAACUAAAACACAAUUGUUUUCAUUAAUAUUUGUAACCAUGCUUUGUUCAGGUCUUGUGGUGUAUAUUAAAGCAUCUUCCCAAAUUAUAAA